ACGGUGCGAAUGCGGAACAGAUUCAAGAAAGCAGAUCCCGGUCGGCACGGCGGCGAUGAGGCGGAGGGCGACGACAGCGGGAGCGGGGCCGGGGGCGGGGCCUUGUGGGGGUGGAGCGACAGCGAAACGUCGUCGGGCGGGUCGGACUCGGAGGGCGGAGGAGGCACUGGAGGCGGACGCGCCGCCGCCGCCGCCCGCGUGCGCCUAGCCGCCGUGCUGCUGGUGCUGUCUCUAACGUGGCGCGCUGACCGCCGAGCGCUGCUCGCCUACUGGCCCUGGCUGCUUGCCAUCGAGCCCCUGCAGGUGAACUACGGCACCCUGGCGCGCGCCGCGACGCGGGACCCGUCUGCGCGUGUGCGCGCGGAGGCGGCGGCGGCGCUGUCGGCGGCGCUGAUGGGCGCGCGGCCCUUCCUGCGGCUGGCGGAGAACCGCGAUCGCGACCGCGGCGACGGCGAUGCGCCCUUCACGGCCUUCUCCACGGCGUUGGGCGGCGCGCUGCGCGACCUUCACCGCGAGCUGGGCGGCACGCUCUUCCGCGAGGAGGUCCCCGCCACCGCCACGCAGCUGCUGCGCUGCCUCGCGCAGCUGGCGCAGCACGCCCCCUACCGCCGCCUGGUGCCCGGGCUCCCCGCCACGGCCGCGCGCCACGCGCGGCCUUUCACGCAGCAUCGCGACGCGGCAGUGCAAGUAGCGAGCUUCACGGCGCUACGCUCAGUGGCGGCGGCGGACGCACCAGAGUCUGAGCUUCUGGCGGCGCUUCGCUACCUACCGCGCCCUGCAGCAGGCCCUGACGCCCUCCCCGACACGUGGCGUCCUGCCGCUUUCGCCGACCAGAACCAGAACGGGGAGGACGACGAGGAAGAGUGGGAGGAGGAGGUGGCGCCAGACGAGGAGGGGGAGAGCGACGUCCCCGCCGACCACCCCGUGUCCGACGUCCCUGCAGGGCAGUCGCAGAGAAGGCCCGAGUCUCACAACUCUUUGGCGGCCCCGCAGGCGGAGGCCGAGGUGGAGGCGGCGCGGGAGGCGCUGGCGCGGGGCCUGCGAGAAGGGGAGGCCCGCACGCGGCCCUGCUGGCUGGUGGCCGCGUGCCUGCGGCGGCUGGCGCCCGGCGCCGACGCCACGCCCGUGCUGCGCAUCGAGUGCCUGCAGACGCUGCGCGCCGUGGCCGCGCGCUUCUUCGCGCCGCUGCUGCAGCCGCACCUGCACUCGGCGCUGCUGCCCGCGCUGCUGCGCUGCCUCGCCAGCGCCGACGACACCGCGCUCGCGCAGGGCGACAGCGCGAGUGUGAACAGCGGCGGGAGCGGGGCGCUGCGGCUGCACGCGGCGCGUGUGCUGGAAGCGCUGGCUCUUGCGCUGGCCAAGGAGGAGGGCGAACGCGCGCUGACCGACGCGCGCGCCUUCUGGGGCCGCCUGCUGGCCGUCCGGCGUCCCACCCAGCCCCAGCCGCAGCCCCAGCCCCAGGCCCAGGCCCAACCCCCGGCGCUCGCCCCGUUGCCGCAACUGCUGGCCGCGGGCGACCCUGCGGAACGCGCAACUGCGCUCGACUUGCUCGCCGCCAUGCACGACGCCGCCUACGCAGCGCUGCCGCGUCGCGAGCAGGUGCUGGCGCUGACGCUGGCGCCGGGCGCGUUGGCGGAUGCAGACGCGGCGGUGCGCGCGGCGGCGGCGCGCGCGCUGGGGCUGAGCGCGGCGUUCCGCGAGCCGCGCGCCUCGCCGGACUUCCUAUGGACGCUGGCCGAGCGGCUGGGUGACGCGCUGCUGCACGACGCGAGCGCGACCGCGCGCGCGCGCGCCGCCUGGGCGCUGGCCGAGGUGUCCGACGCCCUGGUGGAGGACGCGCCCACCCAUGGCAGCCCGCCCGACUGCGCCGACCUGCUGCGCCUGUUGCAGGCCGCGCACCACGGCGCCGUCGACGUCGACAAGGUGCGCAGCCACGCCGUGCGCGCGGCGGGCAACGCGCUCCGCCUACUGCCCGCGCACGCGCUGGAAGAGGAUGGCGCGGGGGCGGGGCCGGAGGCGGAGCGCGCGCUCGAGGCCCUGGCACGCGCUGCCGACGCAGGCGCCUUCAUGAAGGCGCGAUGGAACGCCUGCUACGCUCUCGCCAACGCCGCGCACAACCCGGCGCUUUUCGGGCCGCGGCCCCGCUGGCAGGAUGCGGCGUGUACGACAGUGCUGCGGCUGGUGCAGCGCUGCUCCAACUUCAAGGUGCGCAAAGCGGCGGCGGCGGCGCUGGCGGCGGCGGCGACAGGGAUGACGGCGGCGGAGGCGGAGUUGGGCGCGGGAACGGCGAGGCAGCGGUUCGGCACGCAACUGGUGCCCGCAUGGAACGCUCUGCUGUCAGCCAUGGAGCGGGCGUGCGCCCCCACAGACCCCGAGGAGGCCGCGCACCGCGACGGUCUGCUCGAGCAGCUGGCGCUGGCAGCGGCAGCGGUGGCGGUCGUGGCAGCGAGCGGCGCGCCGGCGGGGGAGUUGGAGGCGCUGCGCGAGGUGGCGGACGCGCGCGCGGAGGUGGCGCGUGCGGCGGCGGAGGCAGCGCUGCGCGCCCGCCCGCCCGAGCGCGCCACCCCGUUGCUGACGGCGGCGGAAGCACUGCGGGCCCGCGCCCGGGACCCGGGACCCGCCCGCGCCCACGCCAUCGCCCUGCGCGCACUCUUCCUGCCUGGGGGCGACGCCCUCAACAUCGUCCUCUCGAGCCACCCUGGGGCCUAGCGACGCAACGCAAGCUGGAAAUCGCCAUUCGACCCGUCAAUGUGGGGUUUUAAUACUCGCCUUUCCGAAAACUUGGACACUGAACACGAAAAAAUCAGUGCACAGCGGACAAUGAUGAACGAUUAUUGUGCGGAGAUUUAUGAAUUUGUUUUAAAUAUCGUAAUUUUAAGUUUUUAAAAUUGUGAUAUAAUUAUAUAUCUUUCAAUUUUCGUACAAAAUCCCUUACAUUUUCGCCAAGAGAAGGGUAUUUUCAAUCUUUAUCAUUAAUUUCAUUAUAUGUCGGUGAUAAUGUGGUAGUGAUGCUGACGUUUCCACGUUUUAGAUCUCUUCCUUUAUGAUAUUGACUUACGCCUUAACAUAAAAAGGAAGUUUUUUAAUUUUGUAUAAUUAAUAAUAAUUGUAUAAUGAAGAAAUUAUGUAAAUUGAUAAAUUUAUCCUUAUAUUUUGUACAAAUAAAAGAAAACAAUGUUCACUUUUGUAA